AUGGCUUCGACGUCGUCACUCGCCGCCGUCCAGCUUAAUGCCAGGCGGCCGGAUUUUGCUGGUAGAGCCGCCUUGUUCCCUCGGCGGCUGGUAUGUGUGAACUUCUCGGUCAAGCCUGGAGCUUCGACAGCCCUUUGUUCCUUGAAUUCGAGGCGUGGCCACGUGAGUUUUACCAGAAAGUUGGAUAAGCCCAAUUGGAAUUCGCGCUCCUUCAGCGUACGCUGCGAUGCCUCGUCUGGGGGAAGAAUAACACAAGCGGAAUUCACCGAAAUGGCAUGGCAAGCAAUUGUAUCUUCCCCUGAAGUGGCCAAGGAGAACAAGCAUCAGAUAGUAGAGACUGAACAUUUGAUGAAGGCUCUUUUGGAGCAGAAGGAUGGGCUUGCUCGUCGUAUAUUUUCCAAGGCGGGCGUGGACAAUACUCGCCUUCUGGAAGCUACCGAUAAGUACAUUCAGCGCCAGCCAAAGGUUCUUGGAGACUCAGCUGGAUCAAUGUUGGGACGAGACCUGGAAGGGCUGAUACAGCGAUCCAGAAGUUUCAAGAAAGAGUUUGGGGACUCGUUUGUCUCUGUAGAGCAUUUAGUUCUUGGGUUUGCAAAUGAUGCUCGGUUCGGAAAGCAGUUGUUUAAGGAUUUUCAGCUUUCUGUAAAGACACUGAAAGAUGCCAUCCAGGCAAUAAGGGGUCACCAAAAAGUUAUUGACCAAGAUCCUGAAGGAAAAUAUGAAGCACUUGAAAAAUAUGGAAAAGAUUUAACAGCCAUGGCAAGAGCUGGAAAGUUGGAUCCCGUUAUAGGAAGGGAUGAUGAAAUACGCAGAUGCAUACAGAUUCUAUCAAGGAGAACCAAGAACAACCCUGUUCUAAUUGGAGAGCCAGGUGUUGGGAAAACUGCAAUUUCUGAAGGGCUAGCUCAGAGAAUUGUUCAAGGAGAUGUCCCUCAGGCUUUGAUGAACCGCAGGUUGAUAUCUCUUGACAUGGGAGCCCUCAUUGCUGGUGCAAAAUUCCGUGGAGAAUUCGAAGAUAGACUGAAAGCUGUGCUUAAGGAAGUCACCGACUCUGAUGGCCAGAUAGUUCUCUUUAUUGAUGAGAUUCAUACAGUAGUUGGUGCAGGUGCCACCAAUGGUGCAAUGGAUGCUGGCAACCUUUUGAAGCCCAUGCUUGGUCGUGGAGAGCUCAGAUGCAUUGGUGCAACCACUUUAGAUGAGUACCGUAAAUACAUUGAAAAAGAUCCAGCCUUGGAACGAAGGUUCCAGCAAGUUUAUGUUGACCAGCCUACGGUAGAAGACACUAUUUCUAUUCUCCGGGGGCUGCGUGAAAGAUAUGAGCUGCAUCAUGGAGUCCGCAUUUCGGACAGUGCCCUUGUUGAAGCUGCAAUUUUGUCCGACCGGUACAUCAGUGAGCGUUUUCUUCCUGACAAAGCUAUUGACCUGGUUGAUGAAGCAGCUGCCAAGCUGAAGAUGGAGAUUACUUCAAAGCCAACAGCUCUCGAUGAGAUCAACCGUACCGUUCUGAAACUUGAGAUGGAAAGGCUAUCCCUUACAAAUGAUACUGACAAAGCAACAAAAGAUAGGUUGAGUCGCCUUGAAGCAGAACUGUCUCUUUUGAAGCAGCGACAAUCUGAACUCAAUGAGCAGUGGGAGCACGAGAAGACUGUCAUGACUCGUAUUCAGUCUAUUAAGGAAGAGAUCGACAGAGUAAAUCUAGAAAUCCAGCAAGCCGAGCGAGAGUACGAUCUCAACCGCGCGGCCGAGUUGAAAUACGGGAGCCUAAACUCCCUUCAGCGGCAGCUCGAGACCGCCGAGAGAGAACUAGACGAGUACUUGAAGUCCGGAAAAUCCAUGCUCCGCGAGGAAGUCACCGGCAACGACAUCUCCGAAAUCGUGAGCAAGUGGACGGGAAUUCCCGUCUCCAAACUCUUGCAGUCGGAGAGGGAGAAACUUCUGCAUCUGGAGGAGGAGCUCCACAAACGCGUAGUCGGCCAGGACCCCGCGGUUCGGUCUGUGGCCGAUGCCAUUCAGAGGUCUCGGGCGGGACUCUCGGACCCCCACCGCCCGAUCGCUAGUUUCAUGUUCAUGGGCCCCACUGGGGUCGGGAAAACCGAGCUGGCCAAGGCCCUCGCCUCAUACAUGUUCAACACGGAGGAGGCCCUGGUGAGGAUCGACAUGAGCGAGUACAUGGAGAAGCACGCGGUCUCGCGCCUGAUAGGGGCCCCGCCGGGCUAUGUUGGGUACGAAGAAGGCGGGCAGCUGACAGAGACCGUUCGGAGGCGGCCUUAUUCCGUCAUUUUGUUUGACGAGAUCGAGAAGGCUCACUCAGACGUGUUCAAUGUUUUCCUUCAGAUCUUGGACGAUGGCCGGGUGACCGACUCGCAGGGGAGGACGGUGAGCUUCACGAAUGCGGUGAUUAUCAUGACCUCGAAUGUGGGGUCACAAUAUAUUCUGAACACUGAGAACGAGGACAUGCCCAGGGAGGCGGCAUACGAGACUAUAAAGCAGCGGGUGCUGGAAGCUGCGAGGUCGGUGUUCCGUCCCGAAUUCAUGAAUCGGGUGGAUGAGUACAUAGUGUUCCAGCCUCUCGACCGUGACCAGAUUAGCAGUAUUGUUAAGUUACAGUUGGACCGUGUACAAAAGAGGAUAGCAGAUCGGAAAAUGAAAAUUCAGGUGACAGAUGCAGCAAUCCAAGUACUAGGCAGCCUCGGCUAUGAUCCCAACUAUGGGGCCCGGCCUGUGAAGCGUGUGAUCCAACAAUAUGUUGAGAAUGAGCUUGCCAAGGGAAUUUUGAGAGGAGAGUUCAAGGAUGAUGACACGAUAGUUUUGGACACUGAGGUCAUGGCUUUUGCUAACGGCCAGUUGCCCCAGCAGAAGCUCGUCUUCAGGAAGCUGGAAUCAGGUUCAGGUUCCUCUUCUGAAAGCAAAGGAGCUGCAUUCUCACAAACAACAUGA